AUGGUAUUAUGUGUCAGCACAUCUCGUCUCUCUCUCUCUCUCUCUCUCUCUCUCUCUCUAUUUCUAUUCACUUCUUCCCAUUUCUCAACUACUGUGGUUCUUUCAUUUUUUGUUUUGAUUUUCAAGGUCACAUCAUUUAUAUUCUGUGGCAUCCUUUUUGUGCUUCUCUCUUUGCAUUUCCUGAUCAUACAAGUUCCACUUUCUUCUUUCUUUUCUUCCUUUUCUUCCUUCUUUCUUUCUUUUUUAUGCCACCAUUCAAGCUUCCAUGCUUCAUUUUCUUUCUUUCCUUUUUUCUUUCUAUCUUUGUUUCUUCUGGUUUGUUUGUUUCUUUCUUUUUAUUCUAUGUCGCCAUUCAGUAUACUAUGCUUCAUUUUGCUUGAUUGUUUGUUUCUUUCUUUUUUCUAUUCUAUAUUACCAUACAGUCUACCAUGCUUCAUUUCCUUUCUUUCUUUCUUUCUUUCUUUCUUUCUUUCUUUCUUUCUUUCCUUUCUUUCCUUUCUUUUCUAUUGUCUCUUAUCAAUCUCUUCUUCUUUCUUUCUUUUUAUCCUUUCUUUCUAUUGUCUCUUAUCAAUCUCUUCUUUCUUUCUUUCUUUCUUUCUUUUUUUAUCCUUUCUUUCUAUUGUCUAUUAUCAAUCUCUUCUUUCUUUCUUUCUUUCUUUCUUUCUUUCUUUUUUUAUCCUUUCUUUCUAUUGUCUAUUAUCAAUCUCUUCUUUCUUUCUUUCUUUCUUUCUUUCUUUCUUUCUUUCUUUUUUUAUCUUUUCUUUCUAUUGUCUAUUAUCAAUCUCUUCUUUCUUUCUUUCUUUCUUUCUUUCUUUUAUGUCUCCAUUUAGUUUACCAUGCUUCAUUUCAUUUCUGUCUUAUUUUUCUUUCUUUUAUCUGUAUUUCUUUUAUUCUGUUUUAGGCCACUAUCCUGUCUGCCAUUCUUUCUUUCUUUCUUUCUUUCUUUCUUUCUUUCUUUCUUUCUUUUCUACUCUAUGCCAUCAUACAGUCUGUCAUGCUGCAUAUUUGUUCUUUUUCUUUCUUUUUUCUUUCUUUCUUUCUUUCUUUCUUUCUUUCUUUCUUUCUUUCUUUCUUUUAUAUGCUAAUGUUCAAUCUUCCAUGCUUCCUUUUCUUUCUCGCUUUCUUCUUUCUUUCUUUUUUAUGCCACCAUUCUCUCUACCAUAUUUCAUUUUCUUUCUCUCUUUAUUCCAGUGA